AAUUAGGGUUUUUCUUUUUUCCACUCCUCCUUUUGUUGCCCAAUUUGGUGCCCUAAAUGGGGCCCAUGGAAGAAUCGACGGAGGUGGUGGAUCAAUUGGUUGAGCUUAUCAGGGAGAUAUCUGAGUUUCCUGAAUGCCGUAAUACAUCAAAGAAGAUGUACAAUAAUCUCGUGAGGAGGGUGAAGCUGCUAAGCCCACUUUUUGAGGAGUUGCAGGAUAAUGAGGCAUCACUUGGAGACGAAGAAAUUGGAGCUCUUGUGUCGCUUAAGGUUGCUUUGGAUUCGGCUAAGGAGCUUCUUCGAUGGGUGAAUGACGGGAGCAAACUCUAUCAGGCUUUGCAGAGCGAUAAGAUUGCAUAUGAAUUCCACAAGGUGACGGAAAAAGUUGAGGAAGAAUUGAGCAGAAUUGCCUAUGACGAAUUUCAUUUAUCAGAGGAAGUUCUAGAACAGACUGAGCUAGUGCACACUCAAUUCAAGAGGGCAAAAGAUAGAAUGGACACUCCUGAUUUACAACUGCACUUUGAUUUGUCCACGGCACUAAAAGAAAAAGAUCCUGAUCCAGCCAUUCUAAGAAGGCUCUCAGAAAAGCUGCAGCUCAGGACUAUCAAUGACCUCAAAAAGGAAUCACUUGCUCUGCAUGAAAUAGUUAUCUCCGGUGGUGGAGAUCCAGGGGACUUACUUGGGGAAAUGUCAGUGUUGCUCAAAAAAGUAAAGGAUUAUGUACUUAUGGGGUACCCAGAAGCAGACACCUCUGAGAGUGAAAAGAGCUCGGUGAGACACAGAUCUCCUGUGAUCCCAGAUGAUUUCCGGUGCCCAAUAUCUCUUGAAUUGAUGAAAGACCCCGUCAUUGUCUCCACUGGACAGACUUAUGAGCGGUCCUGCAUUAAAAAAUGGCUGGAUGCCGGACACAAGACUUGUCCGAAGACACAGCAGACGCUGGUCCAUACAGCCCUCACACCAAACUAUGUCUUGAAGAGUCUCAUUGCACAGUGGUGUGAGAGCAACGGUGUUGAGCUACCUAAGAAACAAGAGAGCUGUAGAAAUAAGAAGUCAGGCAGCAGUGUUUCAGACUGUGAUAGAGUGGCUAUUGAUGCCUUGCUACAGAAAUUGAUAAACAGGAAUACAGAAGAACAGAGAGCAGCUGCUGGUGAGAUUCGUCUGCUGGCAAAAAGGAAUGCAGAUAACAGAGUAUGUAUUGCAGAGGCAGGAGCCAUUCCCCUUCUUGCAGAAUUACUAUCCUCCCCAGAUCCUAGGACACAGGAGCAUGCAGUCACAGCACUUCUCAACCUUUCCAUAAAUGAGGCUAACAAGAGAAGCAUUGUAAAUGCUGGAGCAAUACCUGAUAUAGUAGAUGUGCUAAAAAAUGGAAGCAUGGAAGCUAGGGAAAAUGCUGCUGCCACCCUUUUCAGUCUUUCUGUGAUAGAUGAGAACAAGGUUGCAAUAGGUGGUGCGGGGGCCUUCCCAGCUCUUAUCGAUUUGCUUUGCCAAGGAAGCCCAAGAGGCAAGAAGGAUGCUGCCACCGCAAUUUUUAACCUCUCAAUCUAUCAGGGAAAUAAGGCGAAGGCAGUGAGGGCAGGGAUCAUAGCACCACUGAUGAGACUGCUGAAAGAUAGUGGUGGUGGAAUGAUCGAUGAAGCACUCGCCAUACUAGCCAUCCUUGCUAGUCAUCAGGAAGGGAAAUUAGCAAUUGGUCAGGCAGAACCAAUCCCAGUUUUAAUAGAGGUGAUGAGGACUGGAUCCCCACGCAACCAAGAGAAUGCUGCAGCUGUUUUGUGGUCUCUCUGCACUGGUGAUGUGCAGCAUGUACAAACUGCAAGGGAGCAUGCAGCAGAAGAGGUACUUAAGGAACUGGCAGAGAAUGGCACAGACAGGGGCAAACGAAAAGCUGGAAAUCUUCUAGAGCUCCUACGUCACACAAUCAAUGUGGCUGGUGAACCAUGAAAACUCUAAAGUCCCGUGAUCAGUUCUACAUGAAAAAUUUUUAACCAGGACCCAGAUUUAUGGGAUUCUAAUGUUAUGCAAGGUGAUUUAUAUACAAUAGGAUGUAUAGAGAAUGAAAAAUGUCAAGUGUGAGGUGUGGAGAGUGUUGUUGCAAUGUUGUUUCUAGGCAGGUAGACUCAUCUUUGGGCAAGUUAAAUCACAGGGCUGAUUAUUUCUGUAUUGAGUAGAUGUCUAGAUGCAAAAAGAGGAAGAUGUCCGAGACAGGAGAAAACAGAGGACCAUACUCAGGAGAAUGUAAAAUGCGCAUGUCCUGUUAACAGCCUCGCCUUAUGAUCCUUAAUUUUGACUAGCUUGUCCCCUGCAAAAGGAUGACACACUAAUC